AUGUCUACAAAUGCUCUUAACGAUCACCAUGUCCCAGCCCAAGGUAAUUACAUGAGUGAACAAGAAGCAAAUACUUUGAUAAAAAAGUAUGACAAGAAUGGUGAUUCAAUCCUGACCAAAGAUGAGCUAACUGCUUUGAUCAUGGAGCAAGCUGCUUCUCACCAUCACCAACAAGUUAAGCCUCAAAAGGUUGAACCUAAGAAGGUUCCUGAUGAGAAGGCCUCUGGUGGGCCAUACAAGAUGAGGCUUAGUAGAGAUGAAAUGAGGGAGAUUUUCUUAGAGCACGAUAUUGAUGGUGAUGGUCAUCUCACUAGAAGUGAGCUAAUAAAAGCUUUUAACAUGUGUGGUUCCUUGAAUUCAUUUAGUAAAGCUAACUAUGCUUUGAAUUUGGCUGAUGCUGAUGGAGAUAACUAUAUCAGUAUGGAUGAACUUGAAAAAGUUCUUGAUUAUGCUGACAGAGUAAUCAACAGGCCCAAGAAAUGA